AUGGUCAUUCUAAGAGAAGAAAAUUUACCACCAACGCAAUGGGUAUUGGGAUGUGUAAUCAAAACACAUCCUGUAAACGACGACGUUAUUAGAACAGUCACUGUCAAGACUGCAAACAACGAAUUUAAGCGAAAUGUAAAAGAAUUAUCUCCAUUACCUAUUCUUUUGUUAGAAGCCGGAAUAGAAGAACCGGAUUUUGCUCAAGUGCCUGGAUUAUUUGCAUUCAUGCAGAAUAGUAACGCUGAUUGGGGUUUUAAAACUCAACCGGAAAAUACUGGAUGUAUUAAUGGUUGCUCAUGGCCUCGUGGAAAGAUGAUGGGUGGUACAGGUGCAAUGAACGGAUUGAUAUACUGCAGAGGUAAUGCUGAAGAUUUUAAUAAUUGGGCUAGAAUGGGUAAUCUUGGUUGGAGCUAUAAAGACGUACUAUCAUAUUUCAUCAAAUCUGAGGACAACAGGGAUAAGGAGAUUGUAGAUGAAAGUCCCGAAUAUCAUGGAGUAGGAGGAUAUCGAGCCGUGCAAAGAUUGCCAUACAAGGAUCAAAAUGAGAAAAAUAUCCUAGAAGCGGCAAAGGAAUUGGGUUACAAGAUCAUGGAUAUCACUGGAAAGGACCAACUGGGAGCGAUGAUUAUGCAAACUAUUACAAAAGAUGGUCAACAUUUGCCAGUAGAUAAACACCUGGAAGAUCAUAUGUCCUUCAAUGGAGUGUUCCUUAAGUUGAACGACAAAACUGCUACAGAAAAAUCUUUCAAAAGGAAGCAGACAGAUUUAGAACUAUAUUUAAAAACUCACACGGGUCCUCUGUCGUCAAUAGGAACUGCUACAUUGAGCGCAUUUAUACAAACUAAAUAUGCAAAAAUUGAUGGAGUACCCGAUGGCUACAUUAAACUGAAUGAAACGGAUCCAAUAUGGGGAAAUCCUUUGAUCUAUCCUAAAUACUAUGCGAAUGAUUUUGAUGUACAGCGACAGUUAGAUCUUGUCCGGAAAACUCUAGAGCUAUUCAACACCAAAUCUUUUAAGGAUAAUGAUUACAAGUUAGAUGAUUCCCCUCUAGCACCUUGCAAUCACUUAACUUUUAAUACUGAUGAUUAUUGGAUCUGCCUGAUGAGAAAUAAUACUAUAGCUGCAUUCCAUCCAGUAGGGACUUGCAAAAUGGGACCUAAAGAAGAUCCUGGCGCUGUAGUUGAUCCUAGACUAAAGGUUAAUGGAGUUCUAGGACUUAGAGCAGUUGACGCAUCUAUCAUGCCUCGUAAUAUAAGGGGGAAUCCGCACGCAACAAUAAUAGCGAUUGCAGAAAAAGCUGCUGAUAUGAUCAAAGAAGAUUGA